AUGAUGCAAAAUGUUUCUCAUGUAAGGUUUUUCUUCCUUUCAGGUUUAAAUGAAACAGUGAACUACAGAGUUGUUCUCUUCUCUCUCACUUUACUGUGUUACUGUUUCAUUGUGCUGGUAAAUGUUGCUCUCAUUGUGACCAUCAUCUUUGAUAAGAACAUGCAUGAACCAAUGUAUAUUCUAUUGUGCACUUUCUGCAUGAAUGGCCUUUGUGGGACAACAGGUUUCUACCCCAAGAUUCUCUGGGAUCUGCUGUCUCCAGUUCAUGUAAUCUCUUAUUCUGGAUGCCUUGUUCAGGCUUUUGUGAUGUACUCAUUUGCCUGCAGUGAUAUGUCUAUUCUCGCAGUCAUGUCAUAUGACAGAUAUGUGGCUAUAUGUCGACCCCUGGAGUAUCACUCUAUUAUGUCAAAGCAGAGAGUGUUACUGUUAGUCUGUUUCUCCUGGUUAACACCUUUUUGCAUUGUAAGCACAAAUUUGUUUCUAACAUCUAGAUUGAAGCUAUGCAGCCCAUUUAUUGAAAGACUUUUUUGUGUUAAUUGGGUUAUUGUGAAACUUGCUUGUUUCCCUGAUGACACUAUUGUUAACAACAUAGUAGCAUACAUUACAAUAAUCAUUUAUGUAUUUCACGGUUUUUUCACAGUUUGGUCCUACAUGUAUGUCAUCAAAACAUGUGUCAAUUCUUUAGAAAACAGAGCAAAGUUCAUGCAGACAUGUGUGCCACAUUUAACUUCCUUGCUUAUUUUUCUUGUGGCGAUACUUUUUGACAUCAUGCAUAUACGAUAUGGGUCAACAGACUUACCUCAAGCUUUAAACAACUUUAUUGCAAUACAAUUCCUUGUCUUACCUCCAAUUAUGAAUCCUCUCGUUUAUGGUUUUAAAUUCACCAAAAUUCGAAAGAGCAUUCUUGGUCGUAUUACUGUAACAAUUGAAUUUCUUCGAUGUCAGUGA